GCGACUUCACUCCCCAAUCAACUCUCCUCCAUGGAGUCAAUAUCUCGAAUAUCCAGCUUGCUGGAAAGCGCAAGAGAACUGACUCUCGAUGCUGCGCAAUCAGCAGCAAGGAGCUCACGCUCCGCCGUCAAGACGCUGCCAGCGGCGCAGAUCAAGAAGUUGCUGGAUAGCAGGAAUGAGAGAGAAGUGUUGGAAGGGCUGAGGAAGGUCAUCUCCAUGAUGUACCGCUCCCUCCCAACCCUAACAUUCUUCUCUUCUGUCGUCAAGAACGUUGCCUCCCCCAACAUCGAGAUCAAAAAGCUCGUCUACAUCUACCUCCUCGCACACGCCGAAUCCGAGCCAGACCUCGCCCUCCUCUCCAUAAAUACCAUCCAGAAGUCCCUUUCCGACCAAUCCCCCGCCAUUCGUGCCCUCGCCCUCAAAACCAUGUCCGGCAUCCGGGUCCCGGUCAUCUCACAGAUCGUGUCGCUAGCCAUCAAGAAAGGUCUCGCAGAUAUGAGCCCGCAUGUCAGGAAGGCGGCUGCACUGGCGGUGCCGAAGUGCUAUAGAUUAGAUCCGGGCACGAGGAAUCAGUUGAUUGAGUAUUUGGCGGUGUUGCUUGGGGAUAGGCAGUAUUUUGUGGCUGGGGCGGCCGUGACUGCGUUUCUAGAGGUGUGCCCCGAGAGGCUGGAUUUGGUGCAUCCGCAUUAUAGGGGAUUGGUGAAGAAGAUCGUUGAUAUGGAUGAGUGGAGUCAGCUGGCAACGUUGAGGCUCAUGACGGUUUAUGCGAGGAGGUGUUUCCCUAAGAGGACGAGGAGGGUAGUGAAGAAGAGUAAUGGGAGUGCAACUACCAAGGGCUUUUACGAUGAUGAAGGGGGUGAAGGAAAGCAAGAGGAUGAGACGGAUGAGGUAGAGCAGGUUCUGGAUCCGGAUCUGGAGACGUUUUUGAAAAACAUCAAACCUCUUCUGCAAAGUCGAAAUUCGGCAGUAGUGGUUGCGGUCACAAGAUGCUACGUCAAUCUCGGCACUCAAGAAUACAUCAAUCUUUCGAUCGGGCCAUUAGUAGCAUUGUUACGCGGGCCACAGGAUAUUCAACAUAUGGCACUCUUCAACAUCGUCUCGGUGUGUCUCACACGGCCAGAAGCAUUCGUCAAAUACGCAACUCAUUUCUUAGUCCACUCUAAAGAUCCACCACAAGUCUGGGAAUUGAAGUUGGAAUUACUUACCCUGAUAUUCCCGUACUCCGACGCCUACCUUAAAAGCCUCAUCUUGAACGAGCUCGAGCAUUUCUCGCAAGGCUCAGAUAAAGAGCUGGUCCGGGAAUCAGUACGAGCUAUUGGACGAUGUGCACAGAGCGAUGCCAGGACAUCUGCACGUUGUCUACGGCUUCUCCUCAAACAGAUUACCAGUCUGCAUGGGAAUCUGGUAGCCGAGUCUUUGACUGUGAUCAGACAUCUGAUACAGCAAGACCCCGCUUCGCAUACAAAUACCGUUGUUCGCUUAGCCAAGAACCUCGAUACAGCGACAAAUCCUCGAGCCAGAGCUUCAAUCAUCUGGCUGGUUGGAGAGUUUGCUGGCAAUGAUGGCGAGGAUAAUAUUGCCGCAGAUGUGCUGCGUAUUCUAGCCAAGGGGUUUGCAGAUGAAGCAGAGCCAGCGAAGCUGCAAAUCGUCCUGCUGGCUGCUAAAGUCUACCUUCAUCAUCUCAACCGCUCGGAACAGGUACCUCCCCAACCUACCGUUGCAACACAAAUUGCCUCACCCGAUUACUCAUCUGCUGGAAAUGAGGGCUUUGCGGAGCUUGAUGGCCCAUCCCAAACAUCAUUCUCUCCUCCACCUCCUGAACCGGAACAUCCUAUCGUUCUUUUGUGGAAUUAUAUCCUCUUACUCGCACGGUACGAUACCUCCUACGAUCUGCGAGACCGCACACGACUAUACAAGUCUCUUCUGGGCGUACCGUCCUCUACCCAGCUGGCAAGCCUCAUGCUACUCGCACCCAAACCAGUACCACAUACUCCCAGCCCUUCAGAAAAUCGGACGGGAUUCACACUUGGCUCGGCAAGUCUUGUCAUAGGUGAAGUCGGUGGUGUUCAUGGCUUGCGCGGGUACGAGGCACUACCAGAAUGGGUCAAGGCAGGGGAGGAGCCCGACCCAUCAUUACGAGAGAGCGAUGUGACGAAGGCCGAAUAUGAGUCGAAUAGAGUGAUACCUGCUGGUGAGCGUCUAGAUUCGGCUAUUAAGGAGGCGAGGAUGGGGUCAUCACCAGGCGCUACAAAUGGUUUUGGUGCUGCUGCGGCCGGAGCGGGUAAAGAGAAAACUCUUGAUGACUGGUUGGCGGAGGAGGACGAGGCCGACGAAGGAGAAGAGACGGAAGAGGAAGAAAGCGAAGAAGAUGAUGAAGAGGAAGUCGAAGAUGACAGUGAAGAGCAGUCCAGCGACGAGGCAUCGGACGCUGAAGAGGAAAGCAGCGAUGAUAACGAGCAUGAUAAACUUGUAAAAUGA